AUGGCUUCAGUUGAAGAUCCACUGCUGCUUCUGCGGCAAUCAAUUGCUUCGGGUAGCAAGAUCACACCAACCGCAUCGGCCGACUCGUCAGAAGAAGCACCGCUUUCCAAGGCCACCCACCUCGUCUUCACCGAUCCGGCCCGGGUCGCCGUGCCUAUCGAUGCGCCGACGCGAUUUACGUCAACCGAGGGCAAGGCCGUCGAUGUGCGAUCCAUCUACUUUGCCUGGCUGAACCGCGACUUUGCCAUUCCCGAAUACAAUGCCGUGGCUACCAAGCUGAACGAGGAGAUGGCUGGCGCCACGGCCGUGCACAUGUUUGCGUUUGUUGAGCGUCUCGUGCUGUUUACGUUUUUGGAGGGCGCGCAAGAGGAGAGCGAGUUUAUCAAGCCCCUGCCCGGGGACAAGGAUGCCGCAGCGGGUGCCGGCGCGGCGGCGGCGGGGACAGCGUUGAAGGCCGCGCCGGCCGCGUCGGGACGCGCAGGGCGAGGUACAAUGGAUCCACGCCUAGCGCAGAUCUAUAACGGGGAGCGGCGCAUGGGCGACCGGAAUACCAUCCUCAGGGGUAUUAAGGCGACUUCAACGCCACAGGACUUCUCCCACGUUCGCAAGCUCGCCACGCCCUUCAUGACGCGCAAACCAGGCGGGACCCCCACAGCAACCGGUAUUGGUGCCAACCCGUCGCUCGCGCUCAACCAAAAGCCGGUCCGUCGACCCGACCCCAUCAUCCUCCUCUCGCCGUCAGCCUCGGCGCUCCUGCGCAUGUCCAACGCCAAAUCGUUCCUCGAGGGCGGGCGGUACGCGCCGCCGGACCACACCUCGACGUCGACCAUGCUGCACAUUUCGCGGCUCAUCAAGGACAUCGACGCGACGCGGCCAAUGCGGUUCAUCCUGGUGGAAGGGCCGGAGCAGUUCAAGCCCGAGUACUGGAACCGGGUGGUGGCGGUGUUCACGACGGGCCAGGCGUGGCAGUUUAAGAACUACCGGUGGAGCAACCCGACCGAGCUGUUCAAGCACGUGCUCGGCGUGUACCUGGGCUGGCGCGGUGACGAGCCGCCCGAGGCCGUGCGCGCCUUCGGCCACAAGGUGCUCUCGUGCUCGGUGGAGAAGUGGCGCGAUCCGGGCCAGCCCGGCGCCGAGACCAGCCGCUGGCGGGAUCGCGAGGUCGUCGAGGCGAUCUGGAAGGGCAUCGAGGCGAACAUGCGCGCCAAGGGGUGGCGCAAGGAUGCCGCGCCCAGUUCUAUCUGA